UCCCCUCUCUUUUUGGAUUAGGUAUCCCAACUUCUUUCAAUCAUUCCUCUUCUUUUUUGGAGAUCAUACUUGAAUUGCAGUCAGCUAUCAGCUCUCAAUCAACAACUAUCGACUCCUCUUUUUUGUGUUCUUCCUUUUCGAGACACCACCACAGAGCCUCAACACACCACACGAUCGACGAACGGCUUUUCGAGAUAUCAGCUCUCUGAAACAGCUCACGACUACUCUUCACGAUGAAGUCUUCCCUCUUGGUGCUCACGCCCGCCACGGCGGCUCUCGCUUUUCCCGACUGUGGUCAGCCAUGCAUUGCUCCCGCGCUCGACUCGUCCGGAUGCGCCACGCUUGCGUGCCUCUGUGAGAGGACUCAUGAGCUCCAGACCAUGUUCGAGUGUUUCAUGGCCAAUUGCAACGCCCAAGAGUACCACCCUGCCAUCACGCGCAUCUCCAAUGACUGCAUAAAUCACGGCCCGGCUCAGUAUGCUGUCCCGAUGAGCUACAUUUCUGGCUCUACCAAGAUUGCCUCUCCCUCUGUUGACCGCAUGCCCUAUUCGCUCAACCCAACUCUGCACCUUUUCACUACCAAUCCCACCUCCAUCAAGGAGAAUUGCCCUGACGGCAGUGGAAAUGGCAACGGCAAUGGUGGUUCCGGUCUCGGUGCCGGCGGCCUGCCUCCCAGUUUCCCCUUUGGACCUGCAGGAAGCGGCGCUGGUGCUUACGGCAAUGGAGCUGGGAAUGGCGCUGGCAAUGGCGGAAAUGGUGGCAACGGCAAUGGUGGCAAUGGUGCUGGCUCUGGUCUUGGAGGCUUUGGUGCCGGAGCUGGGGCUUAUGGCAACGGUGCUGGCAAUGGCGCUGGCAAUGGAGCUGGCAAUGGAGCUGGCAAUGGAGCUGGCAAUGGAGCUGGCAAUGGUUUCGGAGGCAAUGGAAACAGUGAUCUCGGCAACAGUGCUGGCAAUGGAGCUGGCAACGGUCUCGGAGUCAAUGGCAUCGGCGGUCUCGGCAACAGUGCUGGCGGCCUGGGUGAUGGUUCUGGUGCUUAUGGCAAUGGUGCUGGUGCUGGCAAUGGUGCAGGAAACGGCGGCCUGGGCAAUGGUUCUGGCAACGGUCUCGGAAAUGGCGGUAGUGGUGCGAACAAUGGCAAUGGAGGCAUGGGAGACUGCAGUGGCAUGGGCGGAGGUGCCGGAGGUCCCGGUGGCGGUGCUGGAGGUCUGGGCAAUGGUGCCAGCGGUCCCGGCAAUGGUGUUGGAGGCCUCGGUAAUGGCGCCGGCGGUCUUGGCUACAGCUCCGGAGGUCCGGGCGGCGGUACCAGCAAUGGCAACGGCAACAUUGGUGCCAGCAACAAUAACGGCAACAGCGCUGGUAACGGUAACAAUAACGGAAACGGGUCAGGCAAUGGCAACGGCGCUGGCAGCGGUGCACCAUGCCCUGAUGGUAACGGCAACGGCAAUGGAAAUGGAAACGGAAACGGAAAUGGCAACAAUGGCGCUGGCAAUGGAGGCAAUGGAGGCAAUGGGAACGGAAAUGGUGGCAACGGCAGCAACGGCGGUGGUGGCGCUGGCGGCCCUCUCCCUUCACCCGCUCAAAUGCAAGGUCCCCUCGUCCAAACUAUCUUUGUGAUUGGAACUCCAAGCCCCGAAGCCAUUGUCCCGGGAUCCGGAGCUGGAAACGGCGGCGGUAAUGGAAAUGGUAAUGGCAGUGGCAGCGGCAACAGCAAUGGAUCUGGUGCUGGCAAUGGGAAUGGAGGCAACGGUAGCGGCAACGGCAACGGCGCUGGCAAUGGUGGUAACGGCGGCAAUGGAAAUGGAAAUGGCAACGACGCUGGCGCUGGCAACGGAGGCGCUCCAGCACCUACCCCUUGUCCCACAGGUUCCGGUCCCUCAUCAUUCCUCGUCCUCACCAUCACCGUCCCUCAGCCUGCGCGAGUUGUGGAGAAGAAGCAAUAUUGGAACGCCAACGUCAUGGCCUAUGGUGGUCCCGAUGAUGGUGCUGGUGCCGCACCGGGCAGCGGCGGCUCAGGAGUAGCACCAGGCAACGGCAACGGCGGCUCUGGAUCAGCGCCCGGCAGUGGAGGCUCCGGAGUGGCGCCUGGUAAUGGCAACGGCGGUUCGGGUGUAGCACCUGGCAAUGGCGGCAUGGGACCAGGCAAUGGAGGCUCUGGAGUGGCUCCUGGGAACGGCAAUGGUGGUUCAGGAUCAGCGCCAGGAAACGGCGGCUCUGGAUCAGCGCCCGGCAGUGGAGGCUCCGGAGUUGCGCCCGGUAAUGGCAAUGGAGGAUCGGGCGUAGCACCAGCAAACGGCGCGCCUCCAGCACAGGUCACCCAUUCUCUGGCUGACACCAACACGCCUUCUGUCGGUCUUCUGCUCAUUCCUGUCACGGUCAUGAUCGGCUGGGGAUCUCUUCUUCUCUUCGUCUAGGGUGAACAUGGCUAUAAUUUCCUUUCUUAUGUCUGAUGGACCAUAGUAUCUCAUGUUAUGGGAGUGCAAAGAGACUAUAGCGGUUAUUGGAGGGUCAUGUUGAUAUUAUCUGAGUAGAAAGAUUAGCAUUAUUGAGGGACCAACGGAUUCGGGCACUUGUAAGAUAUUUGAUUUGAGAAACACGAGGGGCUGACUAGACUAAUCAAUCGUGUUCCUUCAACUUUAAGUCUGACAUCGUGAUGUCCUAGUUCUUCAU